GAAAUUUUGACCGGGCACCUGCAUAUUGCAAUGGUCUUUGCCAUGCGCAAAGCAUUGUUGAUGUUGAAUGGCGGUUUACACAACUGUCUUGCCUGUUCGGCAGUCAGAACGUGGCCAGAUUGUUUCCGCUUCGGAUAUAUGGUACAAUUGUGUCCAGAAUACUCAUUUUGAGAUUUCUGCCACUUGAAGGUCUGUUAUCAGCCUUAAUCUACUGGCGAGAAUGUCAUGGAAGAGGAAACACCCUGAACCCGAUUGUAUUGAGACUGAAGAAGAAAGGUAUUUCCUCAACCCAGACUCUGUAAGCACUCAUCUGUAUUGCUCAAUCUGCCAGGAUGUUUUUUCUGACCCUCAAAGAGCACCUUGUGGUCAUAGCUUCUGUAAAAAGUGUAUCCUGCCUUGGCUAAAAAACAGUAGAACAUGCCCUGAGGACAGGAAAACACUACACAUUGGACAACUUCAUCAUGACUUCAUUUUAGAGAAUAUCAUUGGAGAUCAAAUGGUUGCGUGUCCUUUUCGCAGAUCAGGGUGUGAGUUUAUUGGACAACUCCAGAGAUUGAAUUCUCAUAAGAAAAGUUGUGAUUUUAACCCAGAAAACUUACCAGAAUUUAUAAAGAAGAACACGCCUGUUGAUGAUGCAGCUGGGAAGUGCAGUGGCAUUACAUCAGAUUUAGAAGUAAUACCAUCCCCUGGUAAACCCUCACUAAUGAUGAGACUGUUUCGUGCUGGAGAUGAUCAGAAAAAACUUCUUGGGACUAUGUUUGAUGACAAAGAAAAUCUAACAUAAAACAUUGUUUUACAUAUAUAUUUUUUUGUUGAAUACUAUAUUUUUGUAUACAUAUUUUAAAGGGAUAUAAUUAAUUUAUUUAUACACAAUUGAAUAAUAAUGAAUGAAUUUCGAUCUUGUACAUUUGCAUAAUCUCAUAUUUAUAAUGGAGUUUGUAUGUAAAUGUUGUUUAUGAUACUGCUACACUGUACAUAAUACAUAUUAAAUAUAUAUAAAAUCAGAAGGAAAUUGAUUCAGUGUCAUAUAUGGUAUUAAUGAUAUUGGUGAAAGCAUGCUUCUUUUGGCUCAGGAGGUAGAGUCGUGACUUAAGAUAGAGACCUGGGUUCGAUUUCUGUCGGGGUACUGGACAGGGAUGUGUUUUUUCCUGUUCUUUCACACACUUAUCUUGAGAAUUUGAUAUGUAUAGCAAACAAAUUAUAAAUUUUAGUUUCUCAUCGAUGAGAAGGUUUAUGCAUUUGCUUCUCUUACUUAACAAGAGACAAAAGGUAAAGUGUAAUUAAUGAUCUGAUUCCAUUUGUCCUCGUUUGGACACUCAUUAAUCGGGAGCUGUAUCAUACAUCUCGCAAUGCAUAAUUAUUUAUAUGAUUCUGGGGUUUUCUGGGGCAAGAGUAACCUCCCUUGUACUGCGAGGCACCGAGAGAGUUACAACUAGAUUUUCUCCACAUCUUACAAAUGUGCUCUUAUACUUGUAAAUGAACGAUAAUUAUGGCCUCGUUUAACACAAAAAAAAAAAA